CGCGGGUCACUUUUCAAAAAUGAAUAUGCAAUAUCGUGGUGCACUUUCAAGCGUUGUAUUUCACCAAAGAGGAAAUAUGAAUAAUAACAAUGAGACUGCUGCAUGAUGCCACUAACAUUUUACUUUAUUCUGAUAAGUGUGGUACUGAAAGAGAGUUCGUUCGUCUACCCCAUUUCUCUCGCUGUUUCCCGGAACGCUAUGAAUAGUGGGGCAUCUGUUUACUCACAAGAAUAUUUGAAUGCUUUAAAAUGUACCACCUUUUGCUGUCAAAAUUAUAAGAAAAUCAUAUUUGGAGCAUCAGAAAAAUGGAACACCAAGAUUUUUCAUUCAUUCCACGAUAUAACUGGGAGGAAUAUAAUUUGGAAUUACUAUCAAGAAUAUUGUGAGAGUAAAAUCAGAUCUCAGUUGCUGAUGAAUUCUUCUAAACAUUCAAAUUUGUCACACAGUAUGGAUAUAAGAAUGAAAAGAAGAUAUGAACUAAUUAGAAGAAACAAUCUGGUGUACUUUUGUGCAUAUUGUUUGAAUGAUCACAUUUUGAAAGUGAACACAAAUUCUGAUACAAACAUCAAACAGAGUUCAUAUUUGCCUUUUUAUAAGAAUUUAUCUACGAAACACUCUCACAUAAGGACUCUUCUGCGUUUGUCACGUUCGGUAGUCAAUGCAAGUAGCCAAAAGUUAUUAUUCACUAACACCACAACUUUCAUACCCACAUUUAUGCUUCCAGCCUUGUACAGUGUACCAGUUAGAGCUGUUUCUAUACAUCCAUCCAACUUAAUACCAUUAUCAAGUGGGAAUAUUACUUUUGAAUACAACCAGAAGACAUUUGUAAAUUAUCAAUUCUAUGUUGUACAAAUUAAGUAUGGUAUCAUACAGCUACAGAUGGGUAACGGUCAGUCAGAAUGGAAACAAACUGACUCAUUUAGUGGAUUACAAGUGCUCGAGCAAAACGUUCGUUAUAGUGGACUUGUAGCUCAACCAGAAAGUAUCCAUACAUUGUUCACCGACAGUAUACACAUCACUUGCUUCAGGAAGUCAGCAGUAUCUAACGUCUUAAGAUUAGUUUUGCCAGUUCAUUUUAUUCGAAUUCAUAUGAAUAUUGUUGUCAGUAAACCCCUUUCAAUUCAGAUAAGUACUAUCAGUGAUGAAAUUAACCCGCAACUAACUGGUGUGGAAAGUCGUGCAUCACGACUGGAUACACGGUAUUUAAAAGUGAAAGUUGAACCACAGGAAAAGGAUUCUCUGAUAUGGUUUACUUUGACAAAAACUCCAAAACAUGGACACUUAUUCCUUGUGAGUCGAGAAAAUGGUGAUUAUCGGCAAAAACAUACCACCAAAGAAUCUGAUGAAAAAAUUUACCUUGGCACUGGUUCUCAGUUUACGCAAAAAGAUUUAAAAGAAGGAAAUUUAUUUUAUGUAUUUCGUCGUGUACUGGAUGAAAAUACAGUGCAGUUAGCGAAAAUUAACUCUAAAGGUUUUGAUUUAACAGAUAAAUUCAAAUAUCGUAUCCAUGUAGAAGGUGCUCAGCCCAGAAGAAUUUAUGAUUUCAGUAUAAUAAUUAGCCAAAUUUCUGGCACACUGUCCGUGUCUAAUGUUAAAUUCACUCCCACAAUCACAAAUAAAGAUGGAUAUGUAGAAGAAGGUGAUGAUCUCCUUUUAACGCGUGAAUUAUUUUAUGCGCAACAUCCCCAGUGCAAAAAUCAUUCUUCACGGGAGUUAUCUGACGAAAUGUUUCAAGAAUAUGAUUUAUAUUUUCAAAUACUCUCACCACCAGAACAUGGUUUACUACUAAUAAAAUCACCGUAUAAUUCAUCUACGACUGACAUUGUUAGUUUUGCAGAAUAUAACCUCAAGUUAAUUGAUUAUAAUUUGUUAAUAUAUCGCCACAAUGAUGAAGAAGAGUUCCAGGAUAGUUUUCAUUUUCAAUUCCUGUGCCGUCAAACACCAACUUUUCUAUCAGGUAAUAAAGAUGAUAUGAACUCACUUCUGACAGGAUUAACACAUGCAUCAAUUAAAGAACAAUUCGGCCAACCAGUCACGUCUAUUUUUCGAAUUAAUGUUAUUCCUGUAAAUGAUAAUCCCCCAAGUUUGACAAUAUUACCACUAUUAGUUGAAUUCAAUAAAACAAAUAACACAUUAGACAAAUCCAUUAAAGUUUUGGACUAUGAUAAAGUGUUGCCAGAUGAAUACUAUAAUAAUAAUCCUAACAAAUCAGUCCUUGAAAAAGGUGACUUUUGCAUUUUUUGGGAGGAAGUUAAGCAGUUUCAGAGAAAAGAUAUUUCUUAUCCUAACAUAGGAUAUUUUGUUCAUAAUCUUGAAGGCGAUAUCAGAUAUCAGUUCAGGUAUUCUGAAUUAACCAGUGGUUUUAUCAGUUUCCAACACACGGGUUUUCCAACUGGUCAAAUAAACAUUAAAGUGACAGAUGGAAAGUUCACUACUUCUAAGUUAUUACCGGUCAAUGUAACAAGGCCUAGCUUCUUGGUAUUACAGCCAAAUAUUUUGCUUCUCGGGCCAAGCGGAAGGGUCUUCAUUCCGAUAGAGGUUGUUUCGAAUGUUAACCUCAAUCCAGACAAUAUUUAUGUCAGCGUAAUUCGUUUUGGAUGCUUUGGAAAUUUGAUGUUAUUUGGUUUAAAAAGUCAGGCAUCAAACUGGACAUACAAGGAUUUAUUGCAGUAUCCAUUAUAUUAUGAAUACAAGGCGAAGCGAGCUAAACUUGGAAAUUACAACGACUCAUCUAGAAACGGUACAUACAUUGUCUACUGCCAUUUGCUACAUUCAGCUAACGCUGUUCAUGAAAAAGUAGACGAUUGGAUUGUUACAAGGUUCGAUGAGAUUAAUUUAUUUGUUAGAACAUUAUAUGCUGGCCGUAUGCUACAGCAGGAGGUGAAACUGUCGAUUUCAUUAAAUCAGAUGGAUCAGUGGAACAAAACUCAUAAUGACGGUGAUGUUAUACUGAGUGUUGAUGAUAUUAUCGUUGAAAAAGGACAAGCCACUGUGAUUAAACUCAAAAAUUACACAAAAGGAGAUAAUUUCCAAGACCCUUCUCAGUUGCUUAUUAUUGUAAAUCAGAUGCCUCGCUAUGGUGUGCUCCACUUGUUCACCACAAGCUUUAAUAUAUCACCAAUCAAAUAUUUCACGUUAGCUGAUCUAAUAGCUGAACGGAUUCUAUAUGAACCACUCACAAAUAAACUAGAUUCAAUGAAAGCUGAAUACAGAAAAAGUUUAUUAGCGAGAGAUUAUAUAAAAGUCUCAGUAAAUAGUAAUGAAAUUGAAUAUAUGGUGAAUAAUGAAAAAGCAGAACAACCAAAGGAGGAAUCUCAAACACGCUUGCAGCAAGUAAUUUCGAUUUCAAUAGUGCAAAAGGGUUUGAAUUUGCAGCACUUUAAUUUAGCAAUGGAACCAAAGACAUUUAGAUCGUUGACCGAUUCAAAACUGACGCCCAUCAUAAACAACGAAAAUCCAGUUAGACAUGAUGAACCAUUCAGACAGAAGAAAAUCCUUGUCCGUCCACAGAUGCAACUAAGUACUGAGAAUGAAAUGACUCGCCAACCUGAAAACACUUUGAAAAUGGACUUUUCAUAUAUUCAAAGCCACCACAGCAAGAAUAAAAAUAUUUAUUAUAACAAGGAUAGUGCAAAAUGUGCAAAAAUUCUGUUCACCAUACGGUCAGGACCUAAGUAUGGUUCCAUAAUAUCAAAUAAGCUUAAUCGGACCAUUCGUUUAUUCUCCGACUUGGAUCUCGCUGCCAAUGACAUUUUUUAUCACAACUUUGGAAACAGAUCAGCAUAUGAAGAUCAAGUUGAAUUAACUGCACUAGAACUUACAACAGAGAUGCUGACAAUAAAUCCAGUCAAAAUUAAAUUCAUGUUGAAUGAAAAAUUCCCUCGACCUUAUUUGGUCACUUGUCUACCAAUGCGGAUUUUGACUGGUUCGUCAAUUGUCAUCACAACCCAUUAUAUGAACGCAGCAUUAACAAGCGGAUUUCAGUCAGAUCAUAUUAUGUAUGAAAUUUUAUAUACACAUCAAGGUCAUAUAUCGUUAUUGAACAGUCUACAUGUUAGUGUUAGCACAUUUUCACAAUUGGAUCUUCAUAAAGGACGCGUGGCAUUUGUACAUAGUGGUUUGCACAAGAGUAAGACUUGUGGUUUCUCUUUCGUUCUGACAUACAAAUUAUACCGAUCUGAAAUUUAUCACUUCCAACUGAUUCCAGGAGUAGCAGAAUUAAAUAUUAUAAGCAAUAAUAGAUUGCUGAUGUUUCCUAUAGGAUACGAGAUUAUUACUCCUCACCAUAUUAAUGUACAAAUAAAAUUCACUGCUGCAACCAUUAUCGAUCAUGAAACUACUUCAAAAAUUCGGAAGGAAUGUGAACCAAGUAGUAAUUCAUCAGCAUUGUCAAAAUCAAGUCAGUAUGACUUUGACAAUGAUUUGGGCCUUCAUGUUGUUUACAAAGUGUUGUCCCAGCCUAGACAUGGAAUAAUUAUCAAACUGAGCGAUACAAAAGGGGAUUCAUCUGAAAACAGAAAUGAUGGAAUCUCAGAAUUUACGCAGGAUGAUAUCAAAGCAGGAAGAAUAGCUUACUUAUUUCAUUCAGAGAAAUGGAUUGAAGGUAAAAAGAAUCUUGCUUUUCUGAAACACACUUCUGAUAUUGACGAUGAAUAUAUUGUUUGUGCAAAUAUUGUAAGGAGAAAUAUUCCUGAGAAAAUACAGGAAGAUAAUAAUUACUUUAAAAACAUUUACAGUACAGUAAAACUUAAUAACUCGCAAAGCAUUACAGGAGUAAUUAAUUAUCAUGAUUAUACGAAACAGAUAUCGUCCCACAUUCUAUUUGGUUCAGUUUCAAUAUCCUACAAUUAUGUAUUCAAAUACAAUCGAAAUCGUAUACUAAACAUAUAUCCCUUAAUGGUAUACAAUGGACAGGUUGGGGAAAUUACUGUAAACCAUAUUAACACAGAUCAAAUAAAAGAACUCUUAGAAAUUAAUUCAACAGAGAUUAAAAGCUUUAAAAUUGUAAAGGAAGUCAAGCACGGCUCUCUGUGGUUCGGAUCAAAGUUGGUAAAGGCUGGAAGUGUUAUUCCUGGCCUAUUUAGUGGAGUGUUGUCAGAAAAACUUACCUAUCAUCACGAUGGUUCGUCAAGUAAUGCGGACAGUUUUGAACUACUAAUAAAUCAACUGAAACGAUCUCUAACUGACUAUGAACAACCUGUUAUUUUCCCAAUUCAAAUUCUUCCCAGAAUCAGCGCACCACUGAGACUAAUUAAUCCAACGCCUAGGUCUAUGCACAACAAUCUGAGAAGAACUAGUGAAAAUAUUAUUGUGGUGAAAACAAAUAGUUAUGUUACAAUAACAAAUGAACAUUUAUUCGUUGAUCAUGCUUUUAUUCAGCCACAAUUUAUUUAUAUACAUUUCAAAAUGUUACCAAAGUACGGCAAACUGUAUUACUCAUAUAAUUCAUUCAACCAAGAACAUGACGCUUUGAUACCUGAAUGUGAAACAAUACACAAAAUAACACAAUAUGAUAUAAAUCUGAAAAGGUUAAGAUACUAUGCAAAUCACGCUGUUGGACUUAAGAAUAAGGAUAAUAACCAGGGAGUUCUUCGUGAUUCAGUAGUAUUUGAGGUUUAUCAAAAGGAAUACCCAAAUCUAUCAGUUAAUCAUUUGACCGGUAGUCUAGAGUUUCAGUUGAUAUUCGGUAAUCUAACAUUGAAUAAUUCAAUAUAUUUCAGCCUUCUUCAGAAUGAGACAAAAUUAUGGCUUGAUACUAGUAUGAUAAACGUUGAGCUAAGUGAACAUAGUUAUUACCAAAAGUAUGAUUAUAAUCAGCAGAUGUAUUUUAUUAUUCGACAAUUACCUAAAUACGGGAAAAUAUAUGUCGAUACGAUACCUGUACAAUAUUUCAGUUACCAACAACUACAGGAAAAACGUGUUUAUUAUGAAAAGACGAAUCUCUCCACUGCAAAUGAUUCAUUUAUUAUUAAGAUGGAAAAUAACUUAUGUGGAGCAGCUGUAAGAAGUCGAUUGAUUUAUUUCCACCAAAAUGUUGAUUAUAAGCAAAAUUUUAGUGUUCAAUCUGUUAAUUUUGAUGCACAUCAUCUUACUUUUAGUAUUUAUAUAACUGUGAAGUCAUUAGCCUAUAUUGAUACACUGUAUGUUACUCCCGGAAAAAUUUCUAAAAUCAAUCCAGCAAGUCUAAAAUUGAAAGAAUUCGAAAAAUUCAUUCAAAAACACAAUGUAGCAGCUGUUAGUCCACAUCUACAAAAUUCUUUGGAAUCCUCAAUAUUUACUUUCCCAACUGGAGCAGUGUUGAAAUCUGGAAGGUUUUAUAUUAACGAUAGACUAGUUAUCUCAAGUGGUUACCUAAAUGACGAACCAUCUAGUUCGAUAGAUAUUAGUUUGAAAGAUUUUCAGCUCAAUAGUGUUUCGUUUGAGGCCUACAAAGUGAGCAGUGACAGGUUAGGAAUCUAUGAAGAAAUAAUACCAUAUAUAUUUACUGUGGGCACUUCUGUCUCCUCUAUGAAUUAUUUAACUCCUCCAGCUCUUAAAUUUAUUCAGCCCGGUUUCGGUGUUUUAAAGAUAUCAAUGACAAAUACAUCAUUUUCUUUAUGGAGCAAUAACAGUCUAAAUAACAACAGUAGAAAUCAUAGUAGUGUAUUCUCACCAUCAUUGUCAUCAGUAAAUGAAUUCGAAAAAUUCGGUGAGAAUGACAAAUACUUAGGCACAGGGAAAAUCGCAUUUACAGUUGCUGGACUUGCACUAUCUAUAGCAUUUAUUUCAGUGUUGAUUAUUUGUACUAUAGGCUGCUGUAUAUACAAAUGUAAAAACAAAGCAGUCAAAAGAACAAUCAAUGUUUUGGAAUCACCAGAGAAAUGUGCACCCAGUAGUCUUCCAUUAACAACACCUCUAUCGAAUGGUGAAUCCAAAGAGGGUUCCAACAGCUACAUACUAAAAAGAAAUCACGGAUUCCUUAAUAAACAUUUGAGUGUAAUAAAUAAUAAGGAUGAAAAGUUUGAUACAAUUCAGUGGACUAAUAGUCCUGUUUUAUCAGUCAAAUCAUCCAAAGUAACAUUCAAUAAAAGUAUCAAAAUCGCUCCUGGUUUUCCAGCGGAACUACCUUCAACGUCAACCCUAGACUAUGCAUGUAGUUGUGAUUUCAGCGGUGCAGUGAUCUACUGUACAGGAGAUAUGCAGACAGCUAAUGACCUACCUCCGUGUAUUAGACAAAUCGGAACUAAACUUUUAAGUAGUGCCAGUAGUGAUGCUGAUUCAGUCUUGCAUUUAACAUCACCAACUAACAUAUUACCAUCUCAGGCGCAAAUAAUUCAAAUCCCGUCAUCAUUGUGUUCAAGAUUUCUACAAAACCAACAGCAUCCUUCACAGCUUAUAAACUCUAUUAUCUUAACUCCAAUGCCUACAACCAGCUUAGAUUUUCACAGUACAACUAUACUGGCUCAGCAUGAAACUGUCAAGGAGGUCAGCUUAGAUAUUGAAAACGCUGUCCCUUUGCCACCGUUCAACUCACAUGGAAAUGAUUUUUCAAAAGACAAGUGUACAGUAGUAAGUGAAAAACAGAAUUUAAAAGAUGAUAACAAAAGAAUGAAUAAUUAUCUAGAAAUUACUGAUUGUGAAAAUAUUAGAAAACAUGACAUAAAUACUGACCUGAUUUGUAUAGAUACACUGCCAGAUAAAAGUCAGAAGCACUCUGAGACAAAUGAGUCAAUAACUUGUUUUUUGACUAAUGUAUAUGAUGAAGAUUUCACAUAAAUCAUCUAGUCGUAUGAUUAAGAUAUUUUCCUACCGGCUAAAUCUUUUCUGCUAUAAACUAAUUUCUCUUACAGAUAAAUAGAACACAAUUAAUGAGCGAGUAUACUGGAACUAUUUAUAGAAGCAUAAUGACGGCAACUACUAUUUUUUUAUAAACCAGAAUCAUAGUUUUUAUUUUUGUUAUAUUUUGAAAAAAAUAAAUGAUUUUCUAUAUUUCCUUUGUUUAAUAAGUUUUAAUAUUCGUGUUUAUAUAUUUGUAAAUGCUGG